GUGUACUUAUCUCCCGAAGGACGACUCACUGGUGGUUGUAAACUGAUUGAUCGAAACAUUACCGUAAUGGAAUAAUUCAUGGUCAUCAUCAGGUACACAACUUUACACUGGCUUCUGUAUUGAUUGUUAGAUUUUCCAUGUCGCUAGGUGGCAUCAAAAUGACAGUUCCAUAUGUAAUACUUUGGACACAAACAUUAACUUUGUUACUCUCGAUGAGAGUAAUCAUUUGCCAUAAUCACUGUAACUGUAUUGCCAAGAUGAUUGACGGCUACGCGGACAAGAAGUUGUCAGUGGAGGUGAAGUGGAUGCACGAUGCAAGUUCACGACUGGAAUGUGCAUCCGAUUGUUUCAGAGAUGAGAAAUGUGUGAGUUUUCAGUUUUCAAAGACAGCCAGCCAGUGUGCAGGAUAUGUUGUCAACUCGGAGAACACCCCCAAAAGCGUCGGCGGCGUCGGCUACGUCAUGUACGAUACAUGUCGAUCCCCUCAAACGUUUGGAUCCAGCUGCACAACGAACAAAGACUGUUCCUUCACAGCAUAUACCGCUUGCAGAGACAAUUUCUGCAAAUGCCAGGAAAACAAAUUGCAAUCGGGGAGCAUAUGUGCUGACAUGUCAGGUUCUCCCGUCACAUUAACAGAUACAAAUUCUCCUCAUCAAUCUCCUCCACUUACUAUAGAGCCUCCACAAAACGAUCCUCCUCCACCAGCUAUGGAGCCUCCACAAAACGAUCCUCCUCCACCAGCUAUGGAGCCUCCACAAAACGAUCCUCCUCCACCAGCUAUUGAGCCUCCACAAAACGAUCCUCCUCCACCAGCUAUGGAGCCUCCACAAAACGAUCCUCCUCCACCAGCUAUUGAGCCUCCACAAAACGAUCCUCCUCCACCAGCUAUAGAGCCUUCACAAAACGAUCCUCCUCCACCAGCAAAACGAUGGAGCCUCCACAAAACGAUCCUCCUCCACCAGCUAUGGAGCCUCCACAAAACGAUCCUCCUCCACCAGCUAUGGAGCCUCCACAAAACGAUCCUCCUCCUCCACCAGCUCUUGAGCCUCAACAAAACGAUCCUCCUCCACCAGCUAUUGAGCCUCCACAAAACGAUCCUCCUCCACCUGCUCUUGAGCCUCCACAAAACGAUCCUCCCCACCAGCUCUUGA